AUGGUGGCCAGCAGGCCUAAUCUGCUUCUCAGGGAAUACUUAUCUGGUAUGACGGACAAUAUAGGCAUUCGCGCUCUUUUCGAGUUGUGUAGCCCCAUUAUCGUCUUCGCCAUUGACAAUGUCAUCAUCUCAGACAUCGCGACUAUCGUCAACACCAACAAAAUCUCGAAUAGAGUGCCGAUCAAGAUCCAGAGGAGAUUUUCACAGGAUUGUUUUGAUAGACUGCGCGAUUCAUAUGAGAAGAGGAGAAAGGGAAUGGAAGUCGUCGGGAGCAACGGGAAUAUGCGGAGAGCUUCCGUGAUAGACAGAAACACUUCAAAGAAAGUAUUGAAAUCGCAGAGCGGAGUGCGAAAGCGAAAUGUGACCUGUCGUGAAGCAAACGCGACUUCCUUUUCUCAAGUUUCUUCAAAACACCACCUCGGAACCUUCCGACUCAUCCCCAAACUACUUUUCGCAACCACCACCACAUCUCCAGUUUCAUGCUCUUCGCUUUUCCCAAUAACUCACCACACUCGCAUCGCCCUCUUCUGUCUUCGCACCACCCGCUUUCCUCAGUGCGACAAGCCUGGUCUGCCUCGAAUGGAUGCGCGAGCCUUCGAGGCCGCACUCGCCAACUCCGGCGACAAUGCCUCAUGCAGGCGGUUGUUUGAGCUGAUGGCCGCUGUCGCGACCGGCUCUUACGGAAAAGGUGUUCUCGGCCCAUCCGUCGCCGAAGCCUACCUUCACGCAUUCACGCACCGCGCACUCCCCAAUCGGAACCGAAGAUGGGUCGGACUCGUCCUGUACCAGCUAAUCGAAUCCUCCAAUGACGUCCUAGAGCACCUUCGUUCACUUACGAAAGACGUCCGAUUGUUGAGCAACGUCAUUCUCAAUGCGCCGGAGGACUUGAAGAUGGUCGCGGGAAUAAUCAUUCGCACGAUGAUCCUUGGUGGCAUGCAGUAUGCCGAUUUCUGGUCCAACGGUGCACCUUACUCUGUUCCAUUUCCCACCGACGAAACUCAGGUGUGGAUGCAAAACUUCCAAGGCUUUAUGGAUGAACUUCACCGAUUGAAGUUCCUCGAGGAUGACGGCGACGCUGGGAUGAUAUACGCCCUUUCGAUUUCAGCCAAGGACACUCACGACUUUAUUCAAGAAACUGGCGCCAUGGUCUUGUUCUUCGACAAGGAAUAUAUGACCGCUUUUGUUCUUGGAACAGCUGGCCGUAUUCCGCAAUGUAUCGACCUUCCGAUUGCUCAUAUCAUAGAUACAGACACUAGGAUGGCGACCAUUCGUAGCAGCGACGAGAAAACUUCCGGGAUUGAAACCGCUCAGCUCGUAAUAUCUCUCCAACCGCUUCCUUGGACCUAUCUUUUCAAUGCAGAGGAACGAGACGCCAGGCAAAUAACGAUUACGCUGGAGAACAUGGCCGAUGCACAGGAGGCGCAGAGCAUCAUUCAAGAGAUACAGCGCCACAAGGCCAAGAGAAAGAUGUCGACCAGUCAAGUCUCGUUGGAUAUCAGUCGAAGCCCUCUACAGGGAGAAACUUCUGAUGCUGAGAUACCUGCUGCCGAGAAGCCUGCUGAUGAGAGACCGAGCAUCAACCCAGAAGCUGAGGAAUUAAGCGUCAUUCCAGAAUCAUAUCCGCUUCAUGCUGCAGAUGCAAACGUAUCUCAGGAACAUCCUCCGGCCAUCUCCGGCGCCGAGUCCUCAAGCGCAAAUCAAGAACAGGAAAACUUGAAAGAUCAACACAACGCCGCCGAGUCUUCAAGUGGCAGAAAUGUUUCACAGGGCAAUGAGGGGAGCAAUCCAAAGGAGCCUUCAGUGACAGAAUCACCUCGUAAUACGCCCGCUGGUACAAACCAGGGUAUCCCAGAGAAAACAGUACCUACUGCUGUGGUUAAGCCGGCCGAACCUCUAGUGAAGGCCACAAAAAGUAUGACCGAAGCAUCUGUACAGACAGGAAAACUCAAAAGGCCUGCUCUGGCAGCCACCGAGAAACUAGCCAAAGAGAAGCUUAACGAAGAGAGCGUAUUUGAUGUCCCGGACACUCCUUUGAAAGCUCCUAAGCUUGGAUUAAGGAAGCCCAUCACCUACAGCCACAAGAAACCUGUCAAGGAACCAAGCAAGCCUAAAGCAUCUAAAAUACCUAUGAAAAGCGUGGUUCCCAAGAAGAAAGCUCCGCCACGAGUUCCGAAACCGAAGCCCGCACCAAAAACGACGAGAACGCAACCAGCUAAAGCGGUCAAUACCAGUAAGAGUAUCGCUCCGGAGAGCUCCGAGCCUUCCUCAUACAAGGUGAGGGCGAAAUUGAGCACUUCAAAGACGAACGACGAGAAAGCGCAGAAUCCGGUCGGAGGGACCAUACAGCCCAAGUUCACAUUUAUUAAGAGCAAAUCGGCCACCAUUUCACGACCACGUCCUAAGGAUAAGACGGUGCCAUCGGAUGCUGAUCUUUCUAUUUACGAUAUCCCGCCAGACGAGCCAGAAAGGGCUGGCAAGUUGAAAAGACCUGUACGACGCUCUGUAGCAAAAGGGCGAAAUUACAACGAGGAUGAAGAGCCAGGCUAUGGAAAUGAAGAAUCGGAAUAUGUAAACCAGGCGCCUACGCAGGAGUCGACCCAAGAGGGCCCACCGAACCCAAAGAAGCGCAAGCUACAAGAACCCCCCAAGACGACUGUAUCAGGGCUAGGGAAGAAACGAAAAUCGAACAAUCAAGCUCCGAUACCUGUUUCCGGGUCAAGUAAGAACGGAGUGGUUGGCCGGCUUGUUGGACUGUCGCAGGCCGUCACAGCGACAGAGCCUACGCCAGUCAAAGAGAAGGAAGCAGUAUUGAUAGCAGGAGAUAAUGGCUCUCAAGGUGAUACUUGUGUGGACCCGCUCGGGUCUUCUCCUCCGGUUUUACAAAGAUCACCAAAUCAAUCAGAAGUCAUCGGUCAUGCUCACGGCAAAAAGCGUCCGGCAGAAAUGGCUCCUGCGGAAACGCCCAAGGCAAAGCGGAAGAAGCUAUUAGAAUCCCCGCAGCAUCCCGAGGUCGCCAAGGUUCAGCAAAGUGUGCGCAGCCGGACGCACUCUAGUCAAGUUCAUGUAAACGAGGCAGGAAGCCCAUGUGCAGCUGACACCAAAAUGUCAUCAGGAAGGUCCAUGUUAGAUGUCAUACGGAAAAACCCGACCGCCGAUGACUUCAAAAAGACGAAACAUAGCAAACAGCGAGAGUCGGGGUCUCCUGUCGGGAAGAACGACAAUGGCCUUUCGAACCCUGAAUUCAUUGAAAUCAGCGACGAUAGAAGCGAAGCGGCAGAAUCGGAUUACGGCAGCUCAUUAGGAGCGGCUGACCCUAUUCCAGUGCAAGUAUUCUCUAGCAACAGCAAGCCUGUACCGGCCUCACCAAACGCUGCUUCUCGGGCGUUGUCAGGUCAUGCUGAAGAAGAGGAACUCAAGACGGCGGGAGCAAGAGUAGAGAUGGCGAAUGCAGCCAGUGAUCCAUUCAAGCAACGACCUCUGGACCACCCGAUACGAGGGAAUGAAAGUUUUAUAAGACGUCUCUCCGGACGCUCUCCGGACGCAACACCAGUCCCUCCAUCCCGAAAGAAGGCGGUGACACGAAAGCCAUUGACUGAGCGCGCUGUGGGAAAGUCGCUGGGAGAACUUGCAGUACCGCAGCUCAAGAAUACCCCGGAGGUGCAAAUUAUAGCACAAGUAGCGAAGGCGGCGCAAAAGCUCCAGGCGAUUGUCCAGGCUCCUACAACACCUGUGUUUGUGCCUGGAACUGAGAACAAGGUCAGCUCGUACCAGCCCCUGGUAGAACCGCGGGAGGUACCCGAUGUCCAGAUUGCUCGAGUCUUCAAGAUCCCACCAAAGCCAACUAUCCCACAACUUUCAACCCCUACACCCUUGAAUGACCUCAACAACGAUCACGAGAAUGAAGAGCAAGACAACAGCUCCGAAACCGAUCCCGAACAAACCCUCGUCGAACACGAAGGCAGCACUUCUCUCCCAACCAAAUCCCGCACCCUUAUCCCCUCCUCGCCGCCCGCAAUGGCCCAGAGCCAGAGCAUUGCCAGCAUCCACAGCCUGCACAGCUCCAGCUCUUUCGUUGAGAUGGCGCAGCAAGCGCAGGCAAUAGAGGAAGAGGCCGAAGAGAUGGAGUGGGAGGCGGCGCUGCAGCCACAUCAGCGUGCUGUUAGUGAUAUGUUGCUUAGGUUGUCGAAGCGCUUCAUCCACCACCUCGUCGACUCCGAGUCCGCCCUCGCGGAUAUCGUGAAGGAGUACGAGCGGGACGGGCGUGAGGUUAUCAACAAAUUCGUCGAGGGCCACAAGGGCGAUCAGAAUGAGAUGAUGGCGAGAGCGGAUGCGCAGAAGAAGAAGCAGGUGGGUGAGUUGAAGGGGUUUGCGAAGAAGUUGGUGAAUGCUAGGGCGGAGUUUGAGGAGUGCUGAUCCCCCUGUGAUGUUACGGUGUGCUGUUUACGUCUUCACUUUACUUACGGCUGGUAUUUGCUACUUGCACAUACUGAUGGGCGGACGGGCUAUGUUUUGGGCGAGGGCGGUGCACGGCAUCUGUAUAACUUCCUGUUCUUUCUCGGUUUGUUUAGGGUGAAUGAAUUCGAAAGUAUUUACUAUGCUGCUCGCUGCAAACGCUUGGUGGAAAAACAACAGUUCAAGAAUUGAAAUAAGAGGCAAUGCCCAUCAGCGUUAAGUAGGGCUCUUUCAUUGCAUAAGCCAUCUCUCAUGAACCAAC